AUCUCUGUAAUUUUGUCAAGUUUAAAAAGAUCUUCGGAGCAUUGAAGGCUCCAGUCUGACAUUCGAACAUAAGCCAUCCAUAUUUCAACACAAUCGUCCUCAGUCUAUCUACAACCCGAAGCCUUUUUCUACCCAAAUUCACAGUCAUCAAGAUGGUCAGAGUUGCUAUUGCUGGUGCUUCGGGAAAGCUCGCCCUCGAGGUCAUUGACAAAUUGGCUGCCGCCGGUAAACAUGAAGUCCUUGGAUUGGUCCGCAAGGAACCUUCAUCUCUACCCCAGUUUCAGGGCGUGAAGUACAUCCAGACUUCCUACCAAGAUGAGAAGGAGCUAGUAGAGAUUCUCACCGACGUUGAGACUGUUCUCUCUUUCAUUGUGGCUCACACCGACCCGAAUGCGGAGACAGCCAAGCGUCUUAUUGAUGCAUCAAUCAAGGCUGGAGUGAAGCGCUUUGCUCCAAGUGAGUGGGCGACUAACAAUAACCUAUCAGAUGUGAUUGAGUACACCUCUUGGUACGCCAACAAGCUGGAAGUCAAGAAGUACUUGGAAGACGUCAACAAGAGCAAGAAGGUGAUUGAGUACAGUCUGUUUCAGCCUGGCGCCUUCAUGAACUACUUGGGGUAUCCUCAUCAAACCACCAAGCACUACCAGAUCGAUUAUGCUACCUUCAUUGACCUUGAGAAGGCCACGGCCUUUAUUCUUGAGGGAUCUGAGAAUGCUGAAAUGUCAAUCACAACCAUUGAAGACAUUGCGGAGGUGGCUACACGAGCUGUCGAUUACGACGGCGAAUGGCCUGUUGUAGGCGGUAUCACAGGCGAUAGAGUCACUAUCGGAGAACUCAUCAAGUUGGGAAACCCCUUCGAGAUCGACAGAUUGAAGCUCGAGGAUCUCAAGGCAGGCAUUGUCAAGACGAACUACUUCCCCGCCAUUGACUUUCCUGGUGUUCCAGUGGAGCAGCGCGAGCAUUUCAGAAACGUCGUCGUCAUUGGAGCGACGAUCUCCACUGCUCAAGGCACCUGGGCAACUUCUGAUGAGUGGAACAAGUUGCUUCCUGAAUUCAAACCAACCACCAUUGAGGAAUACUUGCAGAAGACUUGGGGCGCUCAGUGAUUUUCUGGUUUUGUAGGCUGUCUUUGUCACGACAAUUUGGCUAGACCUUGAGAGUUCGAAUGAUCUGGGCUACCUAGGUCACAUCAAAGUUUGACAUGCUGCUUAUGGAUUUCAGGUGAUACACUCAGUCAGCGAUCGGCUGAUUUAGUUGGGCCUUUAUGUAG